AUGGCAGUUGCAGAUUCCAAAUAUCGAUUUGUGUACACUAACGUUGGGAGUUAUGGUAAAGACUGUGAUUCUUCAGUGUUUAAGAGGUCUAGUUUGUGGAAGUCAAUAGAAAAUAAUGAACAACAAUUGCCAGAAGCAAAAUCUUUGCCCGGAAUAGACAGUCCAAAACUACCUUACUUCUUCAUUGGAGACGAAGCAUUUGGUUUACAUAAACAUUUACUGAGACCUUUUGGUGGAACACAUCUAACAGUCGAUAAAAGAAUUUUUAACUAUCGACUAUCUAGAGCAAGAAGAUUUGUUGAAUGCUCUUUUGGGAUCCUCACAAAUAAGUGGCGGGUAUUUCAUCGACCAAUUAAUGUACAACCAGAAUUUGCUGUCAAAAUUGUAAAUGCUGUUUUACAUAAUUUUGUACUUGAGAGGGAUGUAUAUAACGAUUUGGAUACAAUGUCAAUCACAGGUUUGUCAGAUAUAUCUGAUGAGAGUAACGUAAGAGGAGGCCUUACACCAAAUAACAUAAGAAAUACAUUGUGUAAAUAUUUUGUUUCUGACGUCGGAAGUCUACCAUGGCAAAUGUCGUAA